AUGAAUACUACAACAAAUAGUCUAUCUCUUGAUUAUAAAUCUUCUUCGUCAAUGUGUUCACAAUGUAAUUCAAUCGCACAUUUUGCUUGUCUCAAUCAUUGUAGUGAUGUUUUUUGUGGGCAAUGCAGUAUGAAACAUCGAAUACUAGUUACACAGCAAAUGACUGAUCUUAUACAAAAACUAAAACAGUGCCAAAUCGAUCCAAUGGCAACGCACGAUGAAAUCGAUCUUAAUUUUCUACAUGCUUCUCAGCAAACUCUUCGACAUACACGUGAUACUGUUACUAAUUUAAUUGCUGAUAUUCAACAACGCGAAGAAAAUAUUAUCAAAGAAAUUGAAACUAGUUUGGUAUUGCGACGAAAACAAAGAGAAAAACGUACUAACUCCGUACUAUUGACAAGCGAAGAAGCUAAUGAUUAUACACAUUUACUUAAUGGCCAUUUGAAACGUGAUCAAUUGUUAAGUACGAAAACGAUGUCUACUAUAAAACGUCGUUUAGAUGCUCGCAAUACUUGUGGUCAAUCGGUGGAAGAAAUUAAAAGUCCUACUGUAGAAUUAGGAAAACUUAACAUUGAAGAACUUCUUCGUCUUCGUUUCGCACCUCGAAUAGAAUCAUCACCGAAUGCAAAACAAAAUAAAAAUGGUAACCAAAUCAGUAAUACUAAUGUUACUGUUCGUUUAGAUAAACGUAAAAUAUUUCCCAGUCCUUUCAAAUCUGUAUUUUCGAUUGGUCGUCAUCCGAUCGUAAUAUCAUUGAAUGAUCAUUAUCACGAAAGUUUUUUCUGUCGUCGUUCCGAUAAUAGUCUUCUGUUGUUGAGCACGACUUCUAUUGACGUAAUUAAUCGUGGUUCUGGUCUUGAAACUAGUAUUCGAUUAUCACAAAUAUUUGGCACAAUAAAAGAAAAAAUAUUCGCCGGCACUUGGUGUGAACAUAGCCAACGUUUAAUACUUAACGGAAAACAUCAUAUGUAUUUUUUUAAUAUGCAAAGACAACAACACGCAGAUAGAUUUCGGUGCCGACCAAUAAAUGGUGAAUCACAUCAUGCAUCGAGAUUUCUCGGUUGUACAUAUGAUGGUUCAAUAAUUUAUGCUUAUAAAACGGAUUCAAAUAUUUAUAUGGUUGAAAAACUUGUUCAUCCAGUUCUUCCGUCGUCCAAUUUCGUUUAUACACCCAUUGAUGACAAUAGUUUUCUACUUCGUUCAGGCAAAAAUGAACAAAUUAACGGUUAUAUAGCAGCUAUGUGUGUUACAAAUAAAUAUAUUGUGCUUAUCUAUCGUCGUUUACAAUCGGAUAAACAUUUAAAUCAUUAUUUUUGUUUAUUCGAUCAUGAUUUUAAUAAGCAACAUACUGAUGAUCUACUUUUACCUAUGCAUAUAAAAUGGAUUACUGCAAUUACAUCAUUUGGCGACGAUGGUCACUACCUUCUCUGUGAUCCACGUGGUCAACAACUGUUGCUGUAUCGUUCAUCGGAUGGUGUCUUAACACGUCGAUUUCGUAUUGGUGCAAUGAAUGCAUGUUUUCUAACAGAUGGCAAACUUGUUUUAUGGUUACAAAAACAAUAUUCAAGUUCACCAACUGGAAAACUUCAUUUUAUUGCACCGCCACAUUUAGAAAAGACAACUAGUGUACCGAAAUCAUUGCCGUUAUUGUCUCAAUGA